AUGGUUGAUCCUUCCAUGAGAACACCUUUACCGACGGAUGCCUAUCAGCUGUUGCCCGACCUCCACAAGAAUGGUGCUGCUGAAGACAAGGUCUUCAAUGAACAGGUCGACGACCUUGGUAAAAUCUGGGCAUCGCCGAGAUAUGAGGGUAUCAAACGGCAUUAUAAGCCCGAGGAUGUGAUCAGCAAGCGAGGCACGUUGCAGCAAAUAUAUCCUAGUUCCCUUAUGGCGCGGAAAUUGUUCAAGCUACUCAAAGAGAAAGCGGCUGCUAAGCUGCCUAUCCAUACUAUGGGCGCCAUUGAUCCGGUACAGAUGACGCAACAGGCUGCGCAUCAAGAGGUCCUCUAUCUUUCAGGAUGGGCUUGCUCUUCUACCCUCACUACAACCAAUGAAGUAUCCCCUGAUUUUGGUGACUAUCCAUAUGACACAGUACCGAAUCAAGUCCAAAGACUUUUCAAAGCGCAGCAGCUCCAUGACCGAAAACAGUGGGACGCGAGGAGGAAAAUGUCUCAGGACGAGAGAGCAAGGACGCCGUAUCUUGAUUAUUUGCGACCCAUCGUAGCAGACGGGGACACCGGUCACGGUGGCUUGACCGCCGUAAUGAAGCUUGCGAAGCUAUUCGCCGAGAACGGUGCGGCGGCAGUCCAUUUUGAAGAUCAGCUCCAUGGCGGGAAGAAGUGUGGCCAUCUGUCAGGCAAAGUCCUUGUCCCUAUUGGUGAACACGUAAACCGUCUAGUUGCGGCUAGAUACCAGUGGGAUCUUAUGGGCUGCGAAAAUCUUGUCAUAGCCCGUACAGAUUCCGAGUCCGGCAAAUUGAUCAGCAGCACUAUCGAUGUUCGAGACCAUGAAUUCAUUCUAGGCAUCGAUGAAGAUACCAAUUCCUUGGCUGAGACACUCCAAGCAAUGGAGCUUGAGGGAGCAAAGGGAAGCGAGAUCGAUUCUUUCGAAUCUCAGUGGAUCAAGAAUCAUCACUUGUUGACUUUUGAUGAAGCAGUAGAGAAGGACUUACGAAAGGCUGGCCGUGAGCAACACAUUGAAGACUAUCGUGAAGCUAUAACUGCAGACCGAAACAUGCCAAUAAGCAUGAGAAGAGUCUUAGCCCAACAAUACACCAGCGCGCCCACUUUUUUUUCUUGGGAUAUUCCGCGCACGAGAGAGGGCUUCUAUCACUAUCGUGCAGGAUUACCAGCAGCCGUGAAGAGGGCCACUGAAUUUGCCCCUUACGCAGAUCUGCUAUGGCUAGAGACAGCGGAGCCAAAUGUUCAAAAAGCUGCGAGCUUCGCUCGUGACAUUCACAGUGCCUCCCCCGGUAAAAAGCUAGUGUACAACCUCAGUCCAUCAUUCAACUGGAUGGGACAGAAUUUCAAUGAAAGAUCAUUGAAGUCCUUCAUUUGGGAUCUGGCGCAGCAUGGUUUUGUGCUUCAAUUGAUUUCUCUUGCUGGCUUACAUUCAACAGCGGCCAUUACCGCCGAGCUGUCUCACGAAUUCGCGAAGGACGGCAUGCUUGCGUACGUCAAUUUAAUUCAGCAGCGAGAGAAGGAAUUAGGUGUUGAUGUUCUCACCCACCAAAAAUGGAGCGGUGCAAACUAUAUCGAUGGCGUUCUCGCAACUAUACAGAGUGGGAGUAGUGGAAGCAAAAGUAUGGGAGAGGGCAAUACAGAGUCAGCUGAUAGUACUGCGUCUAAUCCAAGUGCAAUGCCGAAAAAUGUACCUCCGGAGUACACUGGACGCUUCUCGAUCAAGCGAAAGCGAUCUCCUGGUAGAAAGCGCGGCUCAAACAUUGCGAGCGUACCCUCGAAAGAUGCGGAGACAAGCAUGCAGCCAAGCCCGCAGCGAGAGCAGACCGUUUCGCCAGCACCUACUGCUCAAUAUUCUUUUACUCGCUCUGACACUAGUAGCCCACACUCUUUGCAGAGAAGCACUGGCGAGCCUCCGAGUUCACGCUUGCCCUCGCAAGAUGGAGAGCCUAAAGAGCAAUCCGAACGAGGAGAGCUCUUUCAGAGAAAGCAAAAGACAAUCCACCGUGACCGUUCUCUUGCAGAAAGCGACUUAAGGGACACCUAUUCAAUGCUUGAAGCAUCGACAGCCCGCACUCCCAGCGUGCAGUCAAUGUCGCCCCAAACGAUCCGCACUCCAGCGGAGAGCGGGAACGCAUACGAGCAAGAUAUUUACAUGAUCUUCUCUUCCUGCUAUCAUCAGUCCACUCGACGGCUCCAACGAGAGACCCUGACAGCGGCAACAGCCCUCUUGGAUGGCCUGAACAGCGCGACAGAGGCAGGUUACCCAGUCUUCAUCCUUGGUAUGAUCGAGGGGAUCAGACGUUUCGCGAUAGAUCAGCCACAGGCCAUCGAUUACCUCUUGACGUCGUUUCAAGAAGCGGCGGGGAUGUUCUCGAACGACAUCACGACGGAGUACGGUCGCGGACCCUCGGCGGGCAUGAAUAGAUUUCGGGCAUGGCUGCACGAGGAGUCUCUUGGCUUCCGGGGCGAGACGUCCUCCCGACAUGUUGGCACUCAAGAUUUCCAUGAUCGGUCGAAUAUCAAAUUCCGCUAUAGCAGCGUCGCUGCCAACCUGGAAGGGGUGCUCUCCGAUAUAAGCGAUUGGAAGAGGCAGCGAAUCUACUGCAUCAUCACCGCUGCGAUCCACGGGCGGGCCUUGGCAUUGGGGAUGCUGCGCGUGGUUGACGGGCGACAGCUGGAGGACCUCAUCAAUGCUGGUCUGACGCGCAGACAAUCACGGUGGAGCCAAGCGGACCUGACUGCAGCGUGUGUCAUGUUGCGCGGGUGCGGGCAUAGCCUCAUGGCCAGCUAUGGAGAAAAGGAAGGGAAGGACAAGCGGCAAGCAUUGCGGAGUGCAUUAGAGGGAUUCCUGCUGCAAGACGCGGAGACGUGGGCCGAAUGCUUUGAGAUGAAAGCUCACGCAGCGCGGUGCGCUUGGGGUGACCGGAAUGAGGCUUACCAUGCAUUAGCUUGCCCUGCGAAGCUUAAUCGAUGCAGCUCCAGACCAGAGCAGCGAUCAGAUCUUCGAGUCGAGUGA